GAGCAGACCUUUUACGAGGCUGCUCCCUCGAUCACCGAGACCAUCAUCCCCGGCCUGUCCGUCCUCACCGUCGUCGGCAUCAUCCCCUUCGGCGCGUCGCUCGCCCGGCAGGCGUGGACGCGGUACAAGAUCACGAACAAGAGGCUCGAGAUCAAGUCUGGAUUCCAGGCCAAGGAGACAUGUCCACAGGUGACGUGGCGCGAGGUGGUGGAUGUGAAGUGGCUGCGCCGCUUCGGCGGCGCCGCCGGCGACCUCGUCCUCACGCUGCAAGACGGCGCAAAGGUCGAG